AUGGCCGCCCUCAUCGCCGAGAACUUCCGCUUCCUCUCCUUGUUCUUCAAGAGCAAAGAUGUGAUGAUUUUCAAUGGUUUGGUGGCCCUGGGCACAGUGGGGAGCGAGGAGCUCUUCUCAGUUGUUGCCUUCAACUGCCCCUGCUCCCCUGCCCGCAACUACAUCUAUGGGCUGGCUGCCAUCGGUGUCCCAGCCCUGGCCCUCUUCCUCAUUGGUGUCAUGUGGAACAACCACACCUGGAACCUGGUGGCCGAGUGCCACAAGCGUGGCACCAAGAACUUCUCUGCUGCUGCCACCUUCCUCCUCUUCGGCUCCAUCCUGGGCCGGGCGUCUGUAGCACCCAUCACUUGGUCAGUCAUCUCACUGCUGCGUGGGGAAGCUUACAUCUGCGCCCUCAGCGAGUUUGUCAAGCCAUCCUCCCUGGACAAGUUUCCGGCUGAGUAUGGGGCCGAGGUGCUGGCCAAGUUCCCUUGUAGGGAUGUCCCUGCAAACCUCACCAAGUCCAGGGACGAGGUGACACGGAGGCUGAGAUAUGAGUCCCAGCUCUUCGGCUGGCUGCUCAUCGGCAUUGUCGCCAUCCUGGUUUUCCUCACCAAGUGCCUGAAGCACUGCUGCUCGCCGCUGAGCUACCGGCAGGAGUCCUACUGGGCCCAGUACCGCUCCAACGAGGACAAGCUCUUCCGACGCACGGCCGAGGUCCACUCCAGGAUCCUGGCAGCCAAGAAUGUGAAACAAUUCUUUGGCUUUGUGGCACUGGACAAGGAGGAGAAGGAGCUGGUGCAGGAGUUCCCGGUGGAGGGUGUCCAGCCGAGCCCCCAGUGGAAUGCCAUCACAGGUGUCUACAUCUACCGGGAGAACAAGGGCUUCCCCCUCUACAGCCGCCUCCACAAAUGGGCCAAAGGGGUGGAAGGGAACGGGCCAACCCCAGAAGGCCACGAACUGCUGUUUUUAGCUUCCUAA